GUUUCAGGUGUCAAGGGGGGGGUGGGUUGUCAAAGAGGACAGCCAAUCUGACCGUGUCACUAAGUUUAGUUUCUUACUCAAGCCUUUCAGUGUCACACCCGUCCUGCUAGCAGGGGACAAAGAAAGAAAGAGCCUUUUACCCAGCAAAGCGGAAAGCUGGCAUCAGUGCUUAGCUAUGGCAUCACCGCGAGACUCAGACCCGCAACAGGUGGUACCAGAGGAAGAGGACACUGCAGAUGUGCAGUCUGUGCAGGCCAGGUACCUUCGCACCCCCUCUCCUAGCCGGUUUUCAGUUAUGUCUGACACCGAUACAGAGAGCAUCUUUAUGGAGCCAAUCCACCUUUCCUCUGCAGUGGCUGCCAAACUGAUCAUAAAUGAAGAGUUGAAACACAAGGAGAUGAAAGUGGAAGCGAUGCCAGAGCAGAUGAUGGAGUCUGCAGAGCAGCUGCUGGUGGAGGACCUGUACAAUCGGGUGAAGGACAUGAUGGAUGACAACAGCAAGUUCAACACCCCGUGCGUCCUGGAUAUCCAGAGGGAGCUGACACAGGACAAACUGGAGGCCCCUAAGAACCCUGUCGAUGAGGUGUGGCCCAAUGUUUUCAUAGCUGAAAAGAGUGUUGCUGUGAAUAAAGCCCGCUUGAAGAGGUUAGGAAUAACCCAUAUCCUGAAUGCGGCCCAUGGCACUGGAGUUUACACAGGACCUGACUUCUACGCUGGCAUUGAUAUACAGUACCAAGGCAUUGAGAUUGAUGACUUCCCAGACGUGGACAUAUCCAAGCACUUUCGCCCAGCUGCAGAGUUCUUGGAUGAAUCUCUUUUGACAUGCAGAGGCAAAGUCCUUGUGGACUCUAUGAUGGGAGUGAGUCGAUCAGCUGUCCUAGUAGCUGCUUACCUGAUGAUCUUCCAUCACAUGACUAUUAUGGAGGCGUUGAUGACGAUCAGGAAGAAACGCCCUAUCAACCCAAACGAGGGCUUCCUGAAGCAACUCCGAGAGCUGAACGAGACCCUCCUGGAGGAACGGGCAGGUGAUGACGACAGCGACACUCUCAGUCAGAGCUCAGUCAUUGAGGCUAAAACCCACUCAAUCAUGGCAGAGGAAGAGGAUUCAGGGAGCAUGAUGGGAGCUAAAGUCCACUCGAUCAUGGUGGAGGAAGAAGAUGACAUGAGCACCAUGAGCAGCGUCAUGAGCUCAGUCGCCAAGGCCAGCGUGGCUUCCAAAAGGCCCACCCUCAUUGACGAGGAUGAGGAGGAUGAGCUGUAUGCAGAAUGGCGAAAAAAGCAAGGCCUGCCCCCCAGCAAGCCACAGGGGCAUGACAAUGAAGGCAAACUAUCUAAGCUUCCUGAACAAGAAGAGGAGGACGAUGUGGAGCAGAUGAUAAGGGAAUGGCAGAGCAGAAAUGAAAGAUACCAGUCUGAAGACUGGUGGCAGUCUCAGCUCAUGAGUGAAGAUGAACAAUCCCUCCUUGGAGGAAAGGCAUUUUCCAUCAGCGACCGGGGUGACGUGGAAAGUGUGAACAGCCUUGACAUCCGCAUCCUAAAGGAACGUUUGACAGCCAGUGGUAUAAGCAGGGUCCGCAGUGAUUCCAUCUCCACUGAAGACAGCUCAGCAGACUUGUGGACCCAGAGACUAAGGGAGAUCGAGGAUCAAGCUGCAGCACGGUAUGGUAGAGAUGGCCAAAAAGGCAAGGAUUCCUCUGAAAAUGGGAGAAAAGAAAAAGACAUUGAUGAGGAAAGCCUCUUCUCACAAACAAGCUCUUUGUAUAACUUCUGCAAGAAGAACAAAGAUAAGCUCACCCCCCUGGAAAGGUGGAAGAUCAAAAGGAUUGAAUUUGGAUGGAAUAAAAAAGAUGCAGAGUCUGCAGGAGGCAAAAAGACAGACGGCAGUGGAGAACAAGCAGAAGGAGAAGAAAACACACCACUGGGUGAGGUCAAUCUGUCAGCCUACCAGAAUUGGAAGCUUAAACACCAGAAGAAACUGGGCACAGAAAACAAAGAUGAAAUUGUGGAGCUUGGCAAGGGUGAAGACACUGCUUCAGUCAAGAGGAAGCAAAGACGGGAAGAGAUCUUAGAACGUUCCAGAAAGACCCUGGAGGAGAGCCAGUCCAUGUGUGGAUGGGAGACAGAGAGCUCAUUGAGCGGGAGCAUCCCACUAUCUGCACUGUGGCCCAACGUGGCAGCCAAGAGUGUAAAUGAUGACACUGCUUCAAUGUUAAGCAUGCAAAGUAAUAGAUCAUCCGUUUCAAGAAGUACUCAAGGUCUGCCACAAGUACCUAUGAUUCCCCUGCCAAAUAUUCAGGUAGGCAGUGAUGAUACCAUUUCCUUAGCAAGCAUUCAGAACUGGAUUGCCAAUGUAGUUACUGAGACCAUAGUACAGAAGCAGAAUGAGUUAUUGAUGCAAGGUAGCUUGCCUCCAUCAUGCAGUCCAUCAGUUAUGAGCAUGGGCUCAAGAGCAGGCGCUGUUGGGAAAAACAUAGAUGAUGACAAGACAUCUCUUCUCAGCAUGCAGAGUGGGGCAUCUUAUGCAAGUUCUUUACUACGUCAGAAGGACAUGCGAAGCACUGACACCCAGUCAGUCAUGUCAUGUGGCAGCUUGUCUGAAGGCUUUGGCUCCAAACAGAAGAUCACACGUACCAGCAAGCCCCUCUACAGCCUGUUUGCAGAUGAUAUUGACCUAAAGAAACUGGACACAAAGGAAAAAGAAAUUAAAUCUGAGAUGAGAGGAAAAAUGUUUGAGUACAAAAUAGAAAAAAUCGCUGCAGACAACAAGCGCAGUACUUUGUUCAAGAAAAAGAAGGCUAAAGAUGAUAGUGAGGACGAGGAUGACCUCACUGGAACAUCCGGAAGAUACUCCUAUAAGAAUCUUGAUAAAGCUGAUACUGCGUCCAGUAUUUCAGGACGAUAUUCCAGCUUGGGCACAGAUGGCUCAGACAGAAUAAACAGCAUUGACAAAUGGCUCAGCGAUGUGAAAGCUACCUCUUCUAAAUCUUCAAAUUCUACCACAAACGAAAGCUCUGAUUCUAAGUUCACCAGAUUAUCGUAUCUCAAAGAGGAUACUGCCGGAUCACCGGACUACAAGUUCUCCAGACAUAGAAUGGAUCCCUCUGAAAAAUCACAAAGCCCAUACAGCAGUCAUGAAGAGGGAUACAGGAGCACGUCAAGGUUAUCUGCUUCAACUCGCAUGACAGACACAAAGACGUACUCAUCCAGAAGGUUUACUUCUGAUGAUCCAGGCAUCUACGGUAAAACAAGUCCAGAACCUUAUGUCUACAGACAAUCAGCAUCUGAAACUGAACCGUCAUGUAACGGCAAUUCCCUGAACAGAACGCGGUCACUCCACUGCUCUGAUGAAGCUUUAGAAGAUCAAGACCUCCUUGAACUUGGACCGAAGAGAAAAUUCACCCAGAGUUUUUCACGGUCAGAAGAAAAUGAAGUAAAAAGAAGCAGCAGUGAUGAGGAAGAUAUAUCAAUAACCAGAAGGUCUAGGUCAAGACCAAGACCCAAAGAAGAAGAGGAGUUAGAUGUUGAUAAUGAUGAUGAUGAUGAUGAUGAUGCUAUCAUUGCUGCUUGGAGAAGUCGUCAGGAAUCAAGAUCAAGGGUUCAGAGAAGAAAAGAAGUUUAACUAGCUCUCUUUGAGGUGAUUAUUCAUGUCUACUUUUUAUUUGAAAAUACAACUAAUCCCUAUAUGACAUCACUAACUGGCACACCAUGAAUGGUGUAUACAUUAUCACAGUGUGCCUAACAAGUGGUAAUAGUGCUGCUAAAAACAGUAUAAAUUGGCUGUACUAUGGUAUAAGUAGUACAUACAGUACCUUGACAUGGAACUUAACCUUUAAUAAAAUAAAUGGUACAUGCUAAAGUAUUCUUUACAAGAGAAAUAAUGAAAUGUAGUCUCUGUAAAGUUUGGAACACCAUAUUAAAUAAAUUAAAGACAAAUGAAAGAACUAGCAUAACUUAUGGAGGGAUCUUACUAGGAAAUCACUGCUGUGUAUUUGGUUAAAUAACCCCUUACCCACCUGACUGUGUUAUCACAGACACACUCUAUCUGUUCUUAGAUAUUGGUAUGUGUUUUGUUUAGUUUUCAUCACAAGCCAAAUGAUCAGAAAUGUACUGCCCAAGUGAAACCGUGAUUUUUGCCUAGCAACCUGAAAACCAAUGUAAAAAUGUAUGCUGCAUUUUGAUAAUGUGUUAAUAUUCUAAAUAAUAUUCUAUUAAACCUUUUUUUUUGUUUGUUUGUGUUUGAAUAAGUAUCUACAGUAUUAAAAAACAAACAAUAGCAUUAUAUCUUGUACUCCCAGAUGAGAAAAAUAUUUUUUCCCCACAUUUUUCAAGCUUUCUUAUAUAGAAAAUAUAUUUUUUUUGUUUUUUGUUUUUUUUUAAACACAAGUUUCCAUUCCAGUCUAUGAUUUUUUGAUUAUUUUUCACUGCUUGAAAUAAUAAUAAGAAAACAGUCUGCAAAACUUGAUCUCAUGUUGUUUCAAUAUAAGCCUGGGGCUGCCACCUGUUCCAUCUACAGUCUGCAAUCCAAUCUGCAACCAGAAGUCAAAGAUCACCUUGAUGUAUCGCUUUUUCUAUAAUUGCAACAUAUAAAUUAAUUCACCAGCCUCCAAUAUUUCCCUGCUAAUUUAACCCAGUCUUCUGGACUACAUGUUUAAGGUGGAAACAUGGUAUUAGUCACAUGGUGUUUUAUAUCACAAUUCAAGAAUGACAGUCCUGUUUAAGGCACUCAUUUUAGCACAGUAUUUUGUGCUGUGGAAUAAAUUACCCUACAAUAAAAAAUAUAAUGUGAAUGUCAUAUGCAUCUUGACUAGAACUUCUCAUUUCAGGUGGGAUCUACAGAGACAGUUCACUUAUUGUCCUGCAUAAAAAGGGAAAAUACGAACAAUCUACUGUUGAUAAACUGGGCCAAACAAGUUUUAAUAUCUGUUAAGAUAUCAGUAAAUAAAGAUAUGAAACCACUGGUUUAUUUUAUUCUUUUUGAUCUACAGAUGCAAUACAAUUGCUUCUUAUAAUAUGCCCUUCGUGGAAUCAAUCUUUUAACUGGGGGGAGGGGGGGGUCAAUUUGAGUUCAUGGCUGCCUGAACCUAUGGGGUUUUAAGCUGUACUUUUCAGUGCCAAGUAACCUCUAGUUCUUAAAGAUACUACACGGUAAUGGAUCAUCCUUGAUACAGUCAUGAAUUGCAGUUUAGUUCAGUGUUUUUGACACAGGAGCAUUUUAAUGCACAUAUGGUCAGUAGUCCUGCAAAGUUAAUCAGUCACAUGUACUUUAUCAUAAAACAUCUAUCAAGCAUUGAAUGUGCAAGACAUGUACUGUAGGCAAUUCAACAGUACUGCUCUGUUGCUGUUGCUUCCAUGCGUAAUCGGAAAACAAACAUGCCAUUGUGAAACACGUUUUUUUAGGACUUUCCAGGUGUAGUAUUUUAUGCAUAUGUUUUCAGUAUUACAAACGUAUUAAAUGUCCAUAUUUUCUACACAAUGAAUUUGUAUUUUACUCAGCCUUGUUUGUGAUAUUAAAAAUGCAAUUCAAACAACAAUUAUGAAGAAAAAUCCUGUCAGAAAGAUCCUGUCAGAAAUCUGUUUUUAAUUGUUA